AAAACCGAGCUUAUCUUUUCUGUCUCUCCUCUGCGUCAAACUCUUGAGAGUGAAUUGACACUGCAUGUCUUAUCUUCAUCAACCAGUCGGAGAAUUUUCUAUUCUCAUUUUAGGAUAAUCUGUUCCCGUCAACAGGACGCACCUAAUUAACGAAUUUGUUUAAUUUACACUUUCCCGAGGUAAAAUGCAUCCCGCGACGGUGGCCGGCAGCAAGAAUCAUUUGCACCACGAGGACAGCGACCACUUUUACCACGGCGAGAGGCCACCCCCGUACUACCCGGAGGCCUCGCAGUCCCACCUCGCCCCUGACAUCUACCAAAAGCCACCCCCGCAGCAGCCAUGGACACCUGUAGGUCAACCCCACCAGCAACAACCUCCUCCUAUAGGAUUUAAAAUGCCCCAACCUGACGUGCCUGUGGCUGCACCGAUGCCACCAGCCCAGCAGGUGGUUGUCAUGCAAAGUCGGACCACAACGCAACUAACCGGGGGUCUGGCGGGUCUACCUCACAACGCCACAUCGGUCACCUGCGCAAACUGCGGCACGAUUGUUCCCACAAAGGUCGAACACGAAGCGACUGGCAAAACGCAUUGCUGGGCUUGUUGCCUCUUCUGCUUCUUGUGCUGGCCAUGCGUCUGCCUUCCCUACUGCAUGACCAGCUGCAGGAAAACCAACCAUUACUGCACCCGGUGCAACAGCUACUUGGGAAACUCUGAAAAUUUGUAAUUUUCUUUUGCCCGGUUUCAAUUUUAUGAAAUCCACCUCGAGUGUAGCCAUUCAAUAUUUUUUUCACAUCACAAAUAAAAUCAAUCAAUUUUUAUUACGUAAAAUUUGAUUUUUUAAUUUCUUUUUAUUGUUUAUUCCUUUUGGGAAAGGCACCAGCGGUAGCAGACAGGCCUGCUAAAUCGCAAGAGUCGAUAACUCGGAUCUUCCCCUUUCGGGGCCGAUAACACGGUGACCUUGCGACCCACUGGGCGUAAUAAAUUUUUUAGAAAAAUUAACUAUAAUGUCUGUUUCCCUUAUUGAAUUUUUUAAAUGGACUGCAAAGUUAAGAGGUUUUUCUUAAAAGUAUCUUGUUCUUUUAAGAACGGUCUAUAUUCAAUAUUUUUUAUAAAAU